CUUGGGCACGCGCCCCUUGUACCCCACUCACGGGAACCCCACUCGGCCGGCCGGCUCGCUUCCUCACUGGGGUCACGUGACGUUUUGCCGGCCGGGGGCGGACCGGGAGAGGAGCAGUCCCAGUCGAUGUUUGCAGAGGUGCAACGUGUGUGUUUUGCACUUGGCGUCGGCUUGGUUGGGAGGGGGCUGGGGGUGAGGUUACAGGGUGCGGAAGGGCUGGAGGGGGUCCCGGGGGAAUGAAGUGGGGUCACGACGUUGCUCUCUGCAGUACGGAAGGCAGUCAGCAAUGAAUGUGGAACAUGAAGUUAACCUCCUAGUGGAGGAAAUUCAUCGUCUGGGUUCCAAAAAUGCUGAUGGAAAAUUAAGUGUGAAGUUUGGGGUCCUCUUCCAGGAUGACAGAUGUGCCAAUCUCUUUGAAGCAUUGGUAGGAACUCUGAAAGCUGCAAAACGAAGAAAGAUUGUUACAUACACAGGAGAACUACUUUUGCAAGGUGUUCAUGAUGAUGUUGACAUUGUAUUGCUGCAAGAUUAAUGUGGUUUGCAUAGCUUGGUGUCUCUGGUAAACUGGAAUAAUUAAGUUAAAAGACAAACAUGAACUUCCUUAUGUAUUUUUAUAGAACUUUGUAAGCAAAAGGGGACUUGUUGAGAAGUCCUGUUUUUAUACCUUGAAGCAAAACAUUACAAUGUAAAAUAAACAAAACCUAUUAUUUUUCUUAAGAAGGUGAUUGGGAAAUGUAGGUAAUGAAACAUUUUUGAAGGUGUGAAAAAGCUUUUGUUUUCUUAAACCAUUCUUAAGACAAUUUUUACAGGCAUUUGACAUUCUGUCAAAGCAAGAAGCGAACUGAAGACUAGCUGCCAUGAAAAAUGUUAUGUUUAUGUAAUAAAAAAAAAAUCUAACUGCCUUUAAAUUUUGUGGUGGCUGUGUUUUGUCAUUUAAGUAUGAAUGUGCCUCUUACAAAUGAGUUUUUGUAUCUAAAUUAAGUGACCUUAAUUUAGAAAAAAAUCUUAAUACCACAAAAUAAAACAAAUAAGAAUGGAUAGUA